AUGGAGCUGGAGAAGUCGCGCAUCUUGACACAGACGCUCGAGGAAGAUCUGUUGCAAGCCCAGAACGAAGCCAGCAACGCUUUCGACCCCUCGGCCAUGUCUGCAGCAGGCACAUACACUUCGCGCUACCCAAAGUCGUCCUAUGCUGCGUCGAUUCGUCGUGGAGGAAACACUUCACCCACCUCCUCAAUCAUCUCUGGCUUUGAUAACAGCACCUCAUCACCUCGAGGACUUGACUCGUUGCGACCAGACGCUCCUAACGCUGGCAUUUUGCCAAUGGUCACUGCUCAACGUGACCGAUUCAAGACAAAGACUCGCGAAUUGGAGACGACUCUGCAGGAACAAUACAACCUCGUCUCUUCUCUGCGCUCCGAGAUUGCUAGCUUGCANAAGGAUAAUCUAUCACUCUAUGAGAAGAGCAGAUAUGUCACCAGCUAUAACACAAAGGGUGGUGCAACUUCUGGUUACUCGUCCACCAACCCAAGCACCAUCACAAUCGAUCGCAGUAACCCUGGUACCGAUGCACGUUACAAGUCGGCCUACGAAAACUCUAUAUCUCCAUUUGCUGCUUUCCGAAGCAAAGAAUCCAGUCGCGCCUUCCAAAGACUCUCAUUGCCAGAACGAGCAGUCUUGCAAGCGUCCAGACUCGUAUUAGCAACGAGGACGAGUAGGAAUAUGUUUGCUGUCUGGGUUGUCGGUCUUCAUCUUUUGGUCUUUGUCAUGUUGUUCUCCAUGGGCGGAGGCAGCGACACGCCACAUCUAGCCCACACUGUUGCCGCUGGCAACGCCGCAAUAGCUGGUGCCAAAGUAGCCGCUGCAGCGCAAGGAGGUCCAGGUGCGAAAUGGGAACAACCCGGCUUCGGAGAUACGUAA